UCGAUCUGUGCAAUGGCGCCCUCUAAGCUGGCCCUCUUCCUGGCCCUGAACCUGCUCCUCCUGGCCGCCGUUGCCCACGGCUGCACCCCGUACUGCCCCACCCCACCAAUCAUCCCACCGCCGGUGGUGCCGACGCCCAGCUCCACCAGCCACUGCUCGAUCGGCACGCUUAAGCUCCAGGUGUGCGCCAAGGUGCUGAACCUGGUGAAGCUGAAGCUGGGCGUGCCGGCGAACGAGCAGUGCUGCCCGCUGCUGGAAGGGCUCGCCGACCUGGACGCCGCAGUGUGCCUGUGCACCGCCAUCAAGGCCAACGUCCUCGGGAUCAAGCUCAACGUCCCCGUCGACCUCACCCUCCUCCUCAACAAGUGCGGCAAGACCUGCCCCGAAAACUUCACCUGCCCCAUCUGA